AUGGCGUGUUCGAUUGAGUUGUCAGAAUUCGACAUUAAUUUCGAACCGAGGGGUCCAGUCAAGUCCCAAUACUUGGUGGAUUUUAUUAAUGAAUUACAGUUGAAGGGUCAUUUUUUGAGUGAUUUGUGGACAAUGCAUGUGGAUGGCUCUUCAAACAAUCGAGGUAGCGGGGCUGGUAUAAUCCUUGAAGGACCGACUGGGCUGACUCUCGAACAGUCAUUGAGGUUUGCGUUCAAGGCUUCGAAUAACCAAGCCGAAUACGAAGCAUUGAUUGCUGGCUUAAGACUUGCACAAGAAAUUGGGGUCAGACGAUUGAUGUGCUGGACCGAUUCGAAGGUCGUAUCCGAGCAGGUCAAUGACAACUUCCAGGUUAAGGAUUCCUGCUUGUUGAAAUACUAUCAUUUGUUUCAGAGAAUGCGCAGUACCUUUGAUGAAGUCCAAGUAAGACACACGCCGAGAGAACACAACAAGAGGGCUGAUCAAUUGGCCCGGUUAGUAAGCAGUACUCGGAAACCUGGACAGCUGCGAACCACACUUCACCUUGAACUUACAACUCCGAGUGUGGUACCUACCGAAUGCAUGACGAUUGGGGAGCCCACUCGAACAUGGAUCACAGAUAUAACAAAUUACCUUGAGCAUGGCAAAGAGCCAUCUGACCCAUCGGCCGCCAAAAAGCUCCGAACCCAGGCUGCCAGGUAUUCAAUGGUUGGAGGAGAGUUGUACCGCAGAGGGUUUUCGGUCCCACUGUUGAAAUGUGUUGAUGCGGAGCAAGCAAACUAUGUCUUGAGAGAGAUUCAUGAAGGAAUAUGCGGUUUCCACUCAGGAGGACGAACCCUGGCCACCAAGGUGCUUCGGGCGGGGUAUUACUGGCCAACCCUCAAGGAUGACUGCAUAAAAUUUGUUAAGCGUUGCGUGUCAUGUCAACGGCACGACAAUCUCAUUCAUGCUUCAGCCGAAGAGUUACAUGACUACUUCACGAAAUGGGUUGAGGCCGAGCCGUUGGCCAAUAUCACAGCUGCCAAUGUCCAGAAGUUUUUAUGGAAGAACAUUGUUACUCGCUUCGGCAUUCCACACGCCAUUAUAACUGAUAAUGGUUUGCAAUUCACUGAUCAAAAACUUAAUCGAUUUAUUCAAGAUCUCGGUAUCAAACACAGGUUUACGUCAGUGGAGCAUCCGCAAUCCAAUGGUCAAGCCGAAGCGGCUAAUAAGGUGAUCCUCACCGAACUCAAAAAGUGA